AUGAAAUACCCGGGUGGCUGCUACUGCCGCAAGGUUCGCUAUGAGCUCGAGCUGGAAGACCCGGAAAAGGCACGUACGAGUCUCUGCCAUUGUGGGAAUUGCAAGAAAUUCACAGGUGGCCCCUUCGGCAUCACGACGAAGAUUCCCAAGUCGAGUUUCACUGUGACAGAAGGAAGGGACAGUGUCAAGGUCCACGAGGCUGAUAAUGGAGCGGGCACGCUCCUCCACCGCGAAUUUUGCAUCGAUUGUGGGAGCGGGUUGUUGGAGUAUGGUGUAGUCCGCUGUGUGCAGCAAGGUGUUUAA